AUGAAGAAUAGUAAGGUGGCCGUUUUCGUGAAGCAUGUUGUUUCAGUGUUGAGCGCUCUGGCCAAGUCCAAAUCCGUCGCCAUUAGAGACAAAACCGGAGCCAUGAAAGCUAAAAUCAUGCUCUUCUCCUUGAUGAAGAGCAGGAAGCUGUCUCUGCAAGGCCGCCUCGGCCUCGGAGCCAUCUCUCACAAGAUCCACGCCUUGCUCGCGCAACACGCGCACGACGACGGCGACGCCGAGGAGGAGGCGGCGGCGCUGGCAGCCAAGGACGUCGCCGCCGUAAUCUCCAACAGAAACGCCGCAACCGCCUCCGAGAGCACUCACAUUGAGGCGGAGACGAUGAGCGGACAAUACCUGAUUGAUCAAUACAGUUAUGACGACGACGACGAUGAUAACGAUAAGUAUCCGGAUCUCCGGCACUCGCUGUUCGAUGAGGAAGAGGAAGAGGAGGAGGACGAUCCGAACGCGUCGGUGAUCGAGAUGGUUCGGAGUUCGAAGGAAGACGAAGGCGAGAUGUUCCGCCUGGAAGACGAGAUCGACCACGUCGCCGAUUUGUUCAUCCAGAAGUUCCAUAAACGGAUGCGGUUGCAGAAGCUCGAGUCGUUCAAGAGGCUUCAGGAGAUGAUUCAGAGAAGUGCAUGA